GCUCUAAGCUGCAGCCAGAGAAACAGAGUGAGGGGAAGAGGGCCGUCUCCCUCCCGGUUUCCAGUUCUUGCACGCUGUUUCUUAGAGAGUCUGCAGUGGGGGAACUCUGCCGGUAACCAGCUCCCCUUCUUGCAGGAGGGAGGGAGAAACAUACAUUUAUUCAUGCCGGUCUGUUGCAUGCAAGCUUCUUGGCUUCCUACCUUGCAACAAAAUAAUUGCACCAACUCCUCAGCGCCGAUUCCGCCCACAGAGAGUCCCGGAGCCAGAGUCGCUUUGGCUUUGCACUGCAGGAAAGGGACUUAGGCGCUAGAGACGAUGUCGCUUUCCUGAGCUACCGCGAGCUCUCGUGAACUGCAAUCGACUGAUUCAGGGAAAGGGGUGGGGGAAAGACUUGCCCCGGAGGCGGCGAGAAACUUGCGUUUGGAAGAUACUCCGGCUACCAACGUUUGGAGAAACUCCUUGCCGCGGCCGACUCCAGCCUCGGUGCCCGCCGGGAGCACUUCAGCGGUGAGGGAGGACGGAGGGCCUCGGGGACUCUAGGUUGGCGGCGGGAGGCGGCCGCCCCUGGCCCGCGCGCCGCUCAGGGGACCCUGGUCUCCGCCCCGGGGAGCCCGCAGGGCCCGGCGACCGCGCCGCGAGCGUGUGAGCGCGCGUGGGCGCCCGGCAAGCCGGGGCCAUGGUCCAACAGACCAACAACGCGGAAAACACGGAGGCUCUGCUGGCCGGGGAGAGCUCAGACUCGGGCGCCGGCCUGGAGCUGGGCAUCGCGUCCUCCCCGACGCCUGGCUCCACCGCGUCCACGGGCGGCAAGGCGGACGACCCCAGCUGGUGCAAGACGCCCAGUGGCCACAUCAAGCGACCCAUGAACGCCUUUAUGGUGUGGUCGCAGAUCGAGCGGCGCAAGAUCAUGGAGCAGUCGCCCGACAUGCACAACGCCGAGAUCUCCAAGCGGCUGGGCAAACGCUGGAAGCUGCUCAAGGACAGCGACAAGAUCCCGUUCAUCCAGGAGGCGGAGCGGCUGCGCCUCAAGCACAUGGCUGACUACCCUGACUACAAGUACCGGCCGCGAAAGAAGGUGAAGUCGGGCAACGCGGGCGCGGGAUCGGCGGCCACAGCCAAGCCAGGGGAGAAGGGCGACAAGGUCGCGGGCAGCAGCGGCCACGCGGGAAGCAGCCACGCGGGGGGUGGCGCGGGCGGCAGCUCCAAGCCCGCGCCCAAGAAGAGCUGUGGCCCCAAGGUGGCGGGCAGCUCGGUCGGCAAGCCCCACGCCAAGCUGGUCCCGGCGGGCGGCGGCAAGGCGGCUGCAUCGUUCUCUCCAGAGCAGGCUGCCCUGCUGCCCCUGGGGGAGCCCACGGCCGUCUACAAGGUGCGGACUCCCAGCGCGGCCACCCCAGCCGCCUCCUCCUCGCCGUCCAGCGCGCUGGCUACCCCAGCCAAACACCCUGCGGACAAGAAAGUGAAGCGCGUCUACCUGUUCGGAAGCCUGGGCGCUUCGGCGUCUCCCGUCGGGGGCCUGGGAGCGAGCGCCGACCCCAGCGAUCCACUGGGGCUGUACGAAGAUGGAGGCCCGGGAUGCUCGCCCGAUGGCCGAAGUCUGAGCGGCCGCAGCAGCGUAGCAUCAUCGCCCACCGCCAGCCGAUCGCCCGCUGACCACCGCGGCUACGCCAGCCUACGUGCAGCCUCGCCCGCCCCGUCCAGCGCGCCCUCGCACGCGUCCUCCUCGCUCUCCUCAUCCUCUUCCUCCUCCUCUGGCUCUUCGUCGUCCGACGACGAGUUCGAAGACGACCUGCUCGACCUGAACCCCAGCUCAAACUUUGAGAGCAUGUCCCUGGGCAGUUUUAGCUCCUCAUCGGCGCUCGAUCGGGACCUGGAUUUUAACUUCGAACCCGGCUCAGGCUCCCACUUCGAGUUCCCGGACUAUUGCACGCCCGAGGUGAGCGAGAUGAUCUCGGGAGAUUGGCUGGAGUCCAGCAUCUCCAACCUGGUCUUCACCUACUGAAGGGAGCGCGGGCCGGGGAGAAGGAAGGCCAAGAGGCAGGAGAGGAGAGAGAAAAACAAAAAAACAAAAAAACAAAAAAAAAAAACAAAAAAAAUGUUAAA